UUUGCAGAUUAUAAAUAGUUAAGUUGCAGUGAUAAUCAAACUUUUCUCUACGUCUUACAACUUUUUUAAUUUGACAUGUUUCUUCUUGACAUUGCCUACAUUGAGACGACAGGUAUGCUCAAGUGUGUGCCAAAAUGCCUAGGAAAAAACCUAAACCUGAAGAAGGCAUUCAGAAACCAGAUGGGAGCCUCAAAGUGUCCCAUGGAUAUUUCCAUGGCCACGAAUGUCAUUUGCCCACUGAAAAACUUUCAGCGUACGAUAUAAAAAGCCGCGGAUUAAAGAGAUGGAUCUUCAAUUUGAUAUCCGUUCACGCUGGUGAUAUUAGGGCUGUGAAUAUGCACAGAUCAUACGCAGGAUUAUGUGCGGAGAAGUUUCGACACCACGAGAAAUACUUUUACACCAUACACCCAUACAGCAAACUGAGGUUCUAUUUAGAGAUAUCAUUCGUAGUUGCGAUGACAGUUGGUUCGGUUAUAACCGCUUUCAAUAGUGGAUCCAAAUACCCCGAUGAUGAUUCUGACUUUCACGACGAAAUACUAAUCGUUUGCAACAGCAUGAUCAUAGUGAACAUAUUAGCCAACUUCCUCACGGGGUAUAUAGAAGGAUAUUCUCGUAAAAUAGCAGUUUUGGCGAAAAAGAAGAUUGCUUUGAAAUAUUUGAAGUCGUGGUUAAUUGUGGAUGUAAUUGCGUGUGCGGGGACCCCCGUGGAUGUUCUGCACACUUACCUAUCUCUUCGAUUGGUGAUGGAGGCCGUGAAGCUUGUCCGCCUGCCCGUCAUUCUUAUGUAUCUCCAUAAUAUCCUUGUGGUCAUGAGGUGUACAGUUUACCAGAAAACAGCUGUUGAGAUCUUAUUCUUCUUGAUAUACUACCUAUCAUGGAAUAUGUACUUUCAAUUUGCCGUGGAAUAUAUUGCUGAGGCCACUUAUUAUCCGGCAAAUCCUAGGAACUGCUCAUGGUUGACUGUCGGAAAGUUGUGGAACCAAACCUCCGAUGUUCGAAUCUUGUAUGCUUUUGACAGAGCUGUGAGUAUGCUAACGACUAAUACAAACAUGAACCUUCUUGAGCAAACGGGAUGCUUCGAAAAUUUCCUUGUUGCGUGUUGGCUAUUUUCCAAGGUAUUCAUAUUCCAUUUCGCACUGAAGUAUAUACUAGCACUUUUUGGAAAGGAAUCGGCUCGAGCACAAUACUACAUGAUGAAGAAACAGCUGAAAACUUAUAUGGUGCAAAGGAAUUUCCCGCCAAGACUUAAGAGCAAAAUCCUAAAGUUCUACGCUAUUCGAUUUCAGUAUAAAUAUUUUGAAGAAUCCCGCAUGUUGGGUUGCGUAUCAGGCCAGCUUCGGGAAGACAUACUAAUGCACACUGGUCGACAGCUGGUGAGAGAACUGGAUUUCUUGAAACAGUUGCCAAGCUCCUUGCUGGUGCAAAUAGCUUUCAAACUACGCGUCGUCAUUUAUAUCGCUGGAGAUAUUAUUUUCAAGAUUAAUACCGUUGGCGAUUGUCUCUACUUCAUUGACCGCGGUACAGUAGCGAUUUACUCCGACUCCGGCAAAGAAAUUUGCCAUCUAGAAGACGGUGACUUCUUCGGCGAAAUAGCUCUCGUCAUGAAACACCACUUCAGGACCGCUUCAGCUAUAGCUGUGACAAAUUGUGAGUUGUUCAGACUGGAUAAGGAACAUUUUGAAACGACCAUAGGUUACUAUCCCACAGUUUAUAACAGUAUUAAAGAGGUCGCUACUAGUAGGUUCGAAAGAACAUGCGUUUUGGAUGAGCAUCAUAAAGCUGAGUUGAGGACCGCUGAAAAUAGUUUACCAGUUUGAGUGAGUGGGUCUAGCUGUGUAAUGCGGUCCAACGAUUUAUUUUGAAA